AUGGCUGACGCAUUGGACGAUAUCAUGAUCGCGCUGGGCUCGAUCCCAGCGUUCAAUACUUCCGAGUUCUCGGACCGCUUGAAGGGCGCCCUAUUGACCACUCCGCGAAUGCAACCAUUAAAGUCGUACUUUAAUAAUCCACACGAGUCCCAAGUGAAUUGCGUGUUUGGGGGUAUCGACUGUGCGGAUAUCAUUCAAAUGCUCGGCGUUUCGACAGCGGCCGCGGUCCUAGCCAGAUAUCCAGACGAUAAAAACUUUCAUUCUUUGGUGAAUGGUGAAACUGCAAUCCGAAUUCCUGAUUCGAGAAUCCAAUCUCUUAUGACAUGUCUUUUCACACAACAUGUUAACGAAGGCCUUGAACGCAAUAAUAAGCCGAAGCUCGAUGCCCUAAGAGGCGAUGCGAGCUUUGUUACCGAAUUCUCGCGGCGUGUGAAAUCUCCCGGAUUCGACCCCUUCAUCGGACGGACAGACUUGCACUAUGCACUUACCGUGUUGUUUGUCUAUGAAUACUUUGCCAAAGGACCGGGCUUUAUUAUGCCUAACGACCCACAAGAUUUGGUGGCGAAGGAGGUCUUGCACGCCUGGCGAGAGACUCAGGCCGAAAAGUGGGGUGACGAGCAAUCGUUAGAAGAGUAUGCGAGAGCAUUCAGCUUCAUAACUAGCUCGAUUUUCUCUCCAACCGACCUCGCACAUACUCCUCUCCAAGAAUACGCGUCGAAGUUGCAGGAUGCAGGGCUUCUUUUCCCUGAACAUCACAACUGGGCAGGCAGGUCGGUUACUGCCGUUCCGGAUGCGGCGAUAAGAGCCAAAAGAGGUAAAAUCUUCGAGCAGAUGAACCUCGACGGCUUCCAGUCUCUCAGCCAUGACCUCUUGACAAUCUGGAACGCUGGAAUAGACGAUGUUGCACUGUCGGCAUUCUGGCUUGGCGCAAUCCGUGGAGCUGAGUUUGACACUCUAGAUCAGGACGAGGAUAACGGUAGUGACCCUUUUCAUGUACAUCGGACGACGAUAUACGGGUACAAGCUUGUGGAUUGGGCAAACAUCAACCAAGACAUGUCUAAUCUUGUGAAUCAAGGUGUCAGCUUGGACAACCAAAGUCAUUCCUUCGUCUGGAAAAAGCACGAACCCUCGGGUCAUCGGUCUUGCUUCCUUCCUGGAACGAAAGUUCUCACGUCGACAGGCUCCCUUAAUAUCGAAGAAUUAUACGAAGGCAGCAGGGUAUUGACCAGGGUAUCUCCACCACAGUGGGGCGUCGUCUCAUCUGAGGUUGUGAGGCUACCCCCGCCGAAUGUAGUUUAUGGAAUUAACGGUCAGGAUGGCUUUUUCACUGCAGGACAUGUUUUCUUUACCUCGACAGGCCUGCGGGCCAUCGAUCCCCAUAUUGCUCGAGCGGAAAACCCCUGGCUAGACGUCGCGACUCUACGCGUCGGACAUCACCUGCUGCAGACAGUGGAUGGAGAGUCUUACAAGCACAUCUUGAUCUCUUCAAUUGAGCAGCACAAGACAAACGCCGACUAUGUCUACGGAGUUCACCUACGUGAGGGUCUCAGGAGCUAUCAUGCAAACGGGUUUCUGGUGGGUCUCAACUAUCCUGAAAUCACAGCUGCAUCGAUUGCGGAACAAUUACGAAUAAUUCCACAACCCGAAAGGCUCCGGAUGCUCACACAAUUCAAAGAGCUCACGCCAAUUUUGCAUCGCUUUGGAGGACAAACGGUGAUUGAACUUCUAGAGAGAGAGGCACAUCAGUCUUGUUUCCAGUAUGGAGGCAAACCCACCUCAACGUAUCGGUUCUUGGUUAGAGACUUGACGAUGCCAUAUAUUGCCCACGACAAAGAUACAAGAGCGAAUCUGUUCUGCCUAGAACUCUAUUCAGGUGUGGUACACGUCGAUGGCGCCCUCUGCAAGCAUGCUUCCUUUGAUGGUGAUUCGAUUUACUGGUCCCGCAAGAUCGACAAUGAUCAAUGGGAACACGUGUGGUGUCGUUUCGCUAACGGCGGACUUCGUGGAAGGGGCCGGCUUGUACGGACUACUGAGUCAUAUCUAUCUGUGGAUCAAGUUAGAGACAGUGUUCAACGAUUUGAGCUGGUUCCUGGUGUCGUCCCGAAGGCUCGCCUUCGAGCCACACACAACCGGAGCCGAGCUACCCUCUCGGCUACCGAUUCUGAGUCCAACCUGUGGAAGUUUAGUCUUUUCUAUGAUCCUGCGCCGUACGACACGAAUGCGUCGGUCGAAACCUGGAAGCCGACUGUUGCAUUUGGUUCAUCGACAUGCACUCUCGUUGAUAAUGCGGUUGAAUAUACAACCUUCGGAUUUGAUCAGUACAAGCUGAUCCGAAAUGCACUCGUUGAACAUUCCAAGUCUCAGGUCAAAGAUGACAAGACGAAGCAGUUUUUUGAUGAAAGCUCUGAGUUGUUUGAGGUCGUCAUCACUUCAGAUAUCAACCAGCAGCAAGUCUUCGAGAUUGAGGCGCUUCAUUCCAACCAAAUCCUUCAAGCUUCUGAUCAAUAUAUCAAGUGGAUCAUUGAUAAUCCUGACUGGCGGAAGAUGCAAAAAGAGGUUCCUAUCAAAGACCUUACGUUCACCAACAUCGGUAUGCCCUCAUCGUUCAGGCUGCCAUUGCUUGUGCAAAAGUUCCGAUUGAAGGUUGGGCCCUUCGGCGACAAGCCAACCGGGAUCAUUACCGAGUUUGAUCCCUUCUGUCGUGAGAUGAGCGGAACAGCGCACUGGGUGGCGGGUACUGCUGAUUAUGCCAGUGCCACUACUCUUGCUGCAGCGGUGUCGCAUGCGACAAACCUGGCGGGUGCUGCGAGCCGCCUGGAUGUGCACGUGGAACCCCACCCUCUGGCGCUCUCACUGACUGUAGAUGUGCUUGACGACGAUAAUGACAAAGUCACCGCCAUUGCCUCGCUGUCAUACAACCAAAAAGGAGUGAAUGAAAUGGUGCAGACAAUGAUUGGGAACAUCAUGGCCUAUCACAUGAACGAGGAUGAUCGAAAAGUUUUUGUUGGCGAAAAGCCGGAUACUCUCCCGCGUGAGUACGCUGCCGGGCUCGACUCGACUACGGCAGCGUGGAUGCGAGACACCUACGCGCCAGCAUAUAUUUGCCAGAUUUUGGCACAAUCAGAUGAGUCAAUUCGUGAUUCACUCAAAUUCACAGCCCAGGAGAGAAAAAAUAUCAAGUACUUCUGGAAUGGAAAGGGUCCAAGUUGCCUUUCCAGAGCCACAAUCUUCAAAAACCUCGAGCGAUCCGUCACUCGAUAUGUCAUUCGCACCAAGUACGAUAAAGUCGGGGCUGCGUACGACACGAACGACGCCAGUGUUGGGAUAAAGUUCUCCAACCUUCUAUUAAAGAAAUAUCAGUCACCAGCUGCUCUUGGGCUGUUUGGAAAAACCAAGACCUUAGAUGGUUGCUCUUUAUUGACCAAGAUUGCUGCUAUCAUGGAUGCCUUAGAUGGUGGAAACGCGGUAGAUCGAAGUCGUGAUAUAUUUGACGGUACCACCAAAGAAAAGGCCACCGUCCACGACACCAAUUCCAACGCACUGGUCUGGUCCGUCAUGUCAUAUCAGAAGUUCAAGGGCUGGGAUAAUCCUUACUGGGGUAACCCUAAUCUCUCUAGUGAUCUUGCAGCCGCCACGAUACAAGAACAAUGGCUGGAAGACGCAAUGGCCGAAGUUGUCGAAAAGUUGCUGGACCACUCAGCAGACCUCCAGAACAGCGUGCUAGGACAGAUGUCCAAUGAGAUUCAAGAGUGGGGAAAACAGCUUCCAGGUUGGGACCAGAUGGCAAUGAAGGACCGAUGCCUGCUGGUAGUCGGCCAAAUUGGGCCUAAGCUGAGGAAUUUCAUCAUGGGCCUGGCAAAGACCUGGGGCUGGGUUAAGAAAGGUGGUGUAUGGGUCAUCGACACAGGAAGAGCCAUGUGGACCAGGGGCGCUGAGAAUCUCAUAGAAGUCGCGGAGGAUGAAGCUCAAAAGGAUCAGCCGGCAACUGGAACCCCACUGAGUGUGCCCUUGAUCAAGGGUCUUCUCUUUACGGUUGGCGCCGUCGUUCUCACGGCCCAGAUUUGGCUUCUCAGCGAUCAGUUCCAAUCGGCGAGCGCUGCCAGAAGGGGCCUUCUGAUCAUGGGGGUCUUCGCUGCUUUCAACACCAUGGCCCAGUUCGGGCUGGACCUGACCGAGGCCAUCUUGAAAUACCGCGGUGUCCAAUUCUCCGACGAAGCGUUCCGGGUUCUCUCAGGCCGAUGGGACAAUUUUAUCCAGAGAUGGGGAAGGAACAACGGCGAACUCACUCAGUACAACGAGCAAACUGGCUAUUCCCCGCCGAGUAAUCCAGAGGCCGAGGUUCGUUUCGUUGCAAACGCGGAGCACGACGAAUACGGGAGUCCCAAGGCUGAAAACGAAGAUUUGGUACCAACGAAGCAGCAGCAGUUCGAAGCGGACCUGGCCGAACUGGGGGGUGAAUGGGAAGCAAUCAACGGGUAUCAGCGGGCAUUUGCAGUCGCAAGGUUUAGUCUACAAGUGUUAGGAUACCUCGUCGCGAUUGGGAUCGCUAUUUUCAUGACCUGGCAGCUUGCUAAGGAAUGGGACAGUCUGGAUACAGGGAGCAAGAUCUUCCAGGCGCUCCAGGUUGCUCUCGCGCUGAUCGAGGCAAUUGGCGCAGCGGUUAUCUUGUUUGUUGGCGCAGCUGCAGUCGUCGGAUUUGCGGUGGUUUCUGUAUUUGCAGUGGGCACAGCAUUUGCCGCGUCCGCUGCAGGGGCUUUUUUCGCCAUGGCGAGCGUUUUUGCAUCGGUGACCAUCGUCCUCGCUGUUGUGGCCGUCUUGGUGAUGGUGGCCAUGUUCAUUUACCUCUUCACCCGCGAUCCUCCCCUGAACGGUGCCGAGCAAUUCAUUCGGGACCGAGGUCAACCGUUCGCCAACCGUGCGGGACUUACAGCGCCAGUAGCGCCAUGCUCCUUCAGCGUCAGUCCGUCAAGCUUCACGUCGAGCGAAACGAAGAUCCAGGAAGUCAGAAUGUCGUUCACGAAUCCAACUGCGAGCGAAGUGGAAAUCGACGAACUGAGAGUUGACCUGUCAACUGCCAAAAGCAAGACGGACAAAGACAAUUAUUCGGCCCUAUUCCAUGACGGGGAACGCUUCACCGUGGAUGGCAGCAAAAUGGAAGUUGGGAUAGUCAAGCUUGAGUCCAACAAGGGGAGCGAGACUAAGGCCCUGUUCAGUGUUGUCAAUCACGAGAGCGACAUCGAUGUCGACAGCGAAACCUACAACGUCAGCUUUCGCAUCGCGGGUCCCAAGGUGCAUGAUCCCGAGAUAGGAAGCGUCCCUGGACCGUUCAAAAUGCAGCCAAGUGAGGUCCUUACCGUCACAGCGUAUGGCACGGUCUACGCUAAGAGCAAACUCGGCGGCAAAGACGUCCAGACGUCCGUCGACUGGAAACAGACUCUGAAGGGUGAGCCCAUCUUCGACACCUUCAUGAUUGACCGCACCGCUGCGACAUAG